GACCCUGUCCCAUUCUGUAUGGGACACAUUUUAAUAUAGCUUACAAAUGACUGUUGGAUUCCAGCCAUUUUCUAGAUCUAGAUGUCUUCACAACUGGCCCAAGCUGAGGCACACUUCAGGAGUGGGAGAGUGGAGGAGUGUGCUCAGCUGCUGGAAGCAGUGUUGUCUGCAAGUGCCCAGUUCAGCAGAGCACAAUGGCGGACCAGUGCGAACCUGUUGGCCUGCAGAAUGAAGGCCGCCCUGCUCCACGAUGAUAAUGACCAGCUGACAUCAGUGCAGAGAUUGUAUAAAUUGCUCUGGGAGAAGAUUGUAGGUUUGCCUGUGUCCGGUGGUAGCUUGCUUACUGAGAUGACAGUGACAUUCACCCUCUGCCAGCUGGAGCAUGUACUCAUGUCCAGAGGGCGUCUGAUGUCAUCCUCUGCCCUCUCCUGUGUGGACUGCCACUGUCAGAGAUUGUGUGAGUAUUGCGGAGUGGAGUGGGUGGGGCUAACUGCUUCUCUCCCCCACCUUGUGAGCUGUCUGACUGGACGGAAAGACCUCCUUCUAAAGAUGGCCUACCUUGCUGCUGUGCUACUAAUGAGGACUUCAGAUACUCGGAGAAAAGGUCGUGCUCUAAUGUCUACCCUAUUCUCCGACCUCCAGCCACAACAGGAGUCACAUGACUUAGUGGACGAGGGAUCACAUGCUUCAAAUGGGAUCAAUCUUGCCCUCGCUGUUAAGGAUCAUCUAAACGCUGAUUGUGGUGAUCUUCAAUACCUCAAAGCCUGGCGAUUGUUUUGUGAUGGAGAGUACACGAAGGUACUCAGUACACUCAGAACAGCCACACCCUCACCCACCACCAAUCUGCUACGAGGACACUGCCUUGCAAAUUUGAGCAAGCCUCAGUCGGCCCAGUGCUGCUACCUGAGUUGUCUCACCUCUCACUGUCAAGUGGCCUCUCUCCCAGCCAUGACGGCUUCUUGUGCACUGUACAGACAUGCCUCCAAUACUGAGGCAGAGAUGGAAGCCAUGACACUCAAACUGGAGGCCCUACGGAGCACAUGUGGGUGUGUGGUUGAGGGUGUGCUCUGGUGGCGAGGGGAGGGGCUACACGAUGACCCAGCGCUGAUAUCUGAUAUACAGUGGGCAGAGUCAGCCUACAACACUGCCCUCAGGGCGCUUAAACAUAGGAGAUAUGAGAUGGCCGGGCGUGUGUUGAGGGAUCUGCUCGCGUGUGGUCCCCUCUGCCCCCCUCUCCCCCCGUCUUCCCUUAUCCACCUCUUAUUGGCCAGAACCCUUCUACUCUCUGGUAACCCCAUUGAGGCAUGGGAGGUGUGUGAGCGAUUGAUUGACCAUCUCUCCAUCUUGGAGCUAGAGGAGUGUACUCUACACUCUGUGCUAAGUCUCUGUCAGUCACUGUUACUGGGGGCCCUCUCACUGGUUGCCAGGGGGGACUGGGACAAGGCAAAGUGUAGCUCACACAAGAGUUACCAGGUGUGUGGUUUCCUCAUCUCACGACUGAGCCGGGAUACAGAGGGAGUGGCUGAUAGUCUGCAACCAGCUGUCCUAGCAAUCAUGGAGCUGAACCUGGUAUUGAUGGCUGGCCUAUGUGUGGGAGGAGGGGAACGAGAUAAAGCACUCUCUCUGCUCACUACCACCGUCUCCCUCACACCCACACCCUCACUUCUCACACUCUACAACUACGCCCUACUACUGACACAACGAGGCAAGCUGAAGGAGGCGGCUAACAGCUGGCUAGGGAAGCGUGGCCAGUUGCCGAGCAAUAAGACCGAGGCUCGACAUAUGAUUGUUGAUAAGAAGAAAUCGGCCAACCCUGGGGACUUUGAGCGUUUUGAUGUGGCCAUGCUGAGAGUGUGGAUCAGACAAUGCUCUAGCUAGACCAUGUAGACUAGUCACAUAUAAUAUUGUUGUGCAGCCUCAAUUUGCAUAACAAUAUUCAUGACAAUGUAUCAUUAA